AUGAUGAAGGCUACUGCGGUGUUGUGGACGGUUUGUGCUGGGGAGCACUACCUUGGAAAUACGAGUGAAGCAAGUUGGAGGAAGGCAUUCAGUUUAAGCACGAGACAAGAGGAGAAGAAUAUUAAAGCACCCACAGAGAGCAACAGUGCACACGGUACAGCACGGACACGCUCCGCUACUACUACAUCCAAACUGGCGGUCCCAGUAUUUUGGAGAGGGAAGCAAGGGUUCUAUACAAGCGGUAUGCUCUUGACGAGGGGAGAAGACCUUCGAGAAUCUUUCCUUGGAAGAGAAGGAAAAUAUAGUGCAGUUGUAUAA